AUGAAUGGUGGUGGUGGUGGUGGUGAUGAUGAUGAUGAUGAUGAUGAUGAUGAUGAUGAUGAUGAUGAUGAUGAUGAUGAUGAUGAUGAUGAUGAUGAUGAUGAUGAUGAUGAUGAUGAUGAUGAUGAUGAUGAUGAUGAUGAUGAUGAUGAUGAUGAUGAUGAUGAUGAUGAUGAUGAUGAUGAUGAUGAUGAUGAUGAUGAUGAUGAUGAUGAUGAUGAUGAUGAUUUCACAUGGUAA